AUGUCGCGAUUUCUGAAACGUCGUCGCGCUCUACCGACUUCGUCAACCACCCCGGAGCCUCUGAAGCGUCUAUCAUACUUCGUCAUCUGUCCCAACGUCACCUUAGGUCCUUUCGUUCUAGAUCUCGAAGGUGGUGAAAUUGUCGAUCAACUGCGUGAUAAAAUUUAUGAGAAGCACAAGCUACUGCGCGAACAUUACGAUUACAGCGAGCUCGUCUUGUACAAGAAGCCUGAUAAUUUGACGAGGAGCGGUGAUGGAGAGCUUAUUGAUAGAGCAACAGUUAGCAUAGCCACAAAGGAUCCUCUUGAGGGUGAUAGUGAAGUAAACGACGUUUUUGGACAAGACUCGGGUAACGUCCUGGUCCAUGUGGUGGUCAAAAUACAUUCUCAGCUAUUGGCACGCCAGGCUAACUAUUCUUUAGCCCUCCCCAAACCAACCGCCAAUACAGAAUAUGGCAACUUGGUUAUCAUGUACAACUAUCUCUGGAAAAACGGGGCUCAUUUGGGUCAAAUCAUUACUAAAUCCUCAAUCCAGGUGCCCGGCCUUGCUGUCAGUUACGAACUUCAAGAAUCUGAGACAGAGGACCUCACAAUGGAUGAUACUCCGACGAAGGAUGAGGCAUCCCAACCUCAAGAAGAGGACGUCGCAAUGGAUGAUGCUGCGGCGAACAUUCAAGCAUCGUUUUACGACCUAAUGCAGAUCCCGAAUGUGUCGUCCGUGAUAAAAGAAAUGCUCGACGUGUCGUUUUAUGUGCGGGAUGAAUACCGUGAACUCGAUGCAUUCGUGGAGGAGCAGAGACAAUCAGACGUCGCUAGGCGCAGUCGCCGCACGCCAAUUUUACUUAUUGGACAACCUGGAAUAGGUGCAAGGAAAGCCCACCGUGCUUUCCAAGUCGCGUUCAAUGCGUUUCGCGUUUCUCAGCUCUGGCGUUUACCAUAUUCCUUCGAUGAUUGGGAUAAUCCCGAGGUCUCCGCAGCUGGAAGCGGCGAUUAUGGCCUUAGUCUCUUCGAUCUCAGUUCGGGUGAGGGUGUCAACACUCUGGCGUCGCGAUGGAGAACCUUGGUAGCAUCGUCGCCCGAGUCACGAAAAGUGGAUAAAUGGGUAAAGGAAAAUCAUGUGAAGAAGUUUUACAUGAAAACAUGGAGUUGGCAAGAAGUCUAUGUUUCUCGCAAUUAUGCCAUGGAGCAGAGGACUGAAGACAAUGAUUGGCGUAUUGCGUUCAUGAGCCACCGUCUGGUAGAAAUCAAUCCCCUCCGAGAUGCAGAAGGUUUGGACCGAUCGAGCUCAUGCACGCAGAUCAUUUCCCAAUAUAUCUUCACCAAGCUCAUGGAGAAGAAGGGAUUGGAAUUGGUCAAUGCUUCAGCCCAAUACUUCUACAAUUGUAUGAAGGAGCCCUCUACAGCCUCCACAGCUGGUCUGAUGUUCGAAGCCGUUGGGCAUGUCUAUGUUGUCAAACGCGCUAGAGGGUGGAGGUAUUCCAUUGAUAAGGUCCAUCAUCCGGAUGCAACCAAGUACUACCGACCGGUUUCUGGCAACCUCACUGGCAUCGACUCGUUUGCUUUCGAAAGGGAUGAGAAUCACCCCAUCAUCAGUGUUGUCCUGUUUCAGUAUACGAUCUCUACCCGGCAUUCAGUCAAGAUGGGAUUCCUCAAACAGCUUUGGGACGCGCUGAAGAAUGAACACUGGGGGGUGUGGCAAUGGAAGCUUGUAUUUGUCAUCCCAAAGGAUGAGGACCGGAAAGCGUUUAGGAAAAAAAUGCCCACUAAGCCCUUGAUGACAGCGGUAUCUCAAUUUGCGCUGGAAAUUGAUCUGGAGGAUAUGUGGGAGACAAUGCGCAGUUCACACUGA